AUGGAAUCACAAGCCCUCAUGCCCAAAAGACAUAAGGUGACACCAUCUCUGGCAUUCACAACACUAGUGGCUUGUUUUGGAUCUAUUCAAUAUGGCUAUCAUAUGGCUGAAUUGAAUGCACCAGCACAGGUGCUUUCGUGUUCUAAAUACGACAAUCCAUGGCCUGAUAUACCGUACAGCCAUACGUGGCUUGGAUCUCAUGGUUUCAACGAGUGCAUUGAGCUUUCUGAACAACAAGUGGGUCUUGCAACUGCUAUCUUUUCAGUUGGCGGACUUGUAGGCUCUCUAUAUGCAGGUAAAUUGGCAGAUCGAUACGGUCGUAAACGUUACAGUUUUGCAAAUUGCUUUGUUGGUAUAGUCGGGUCUCUGACGCUAUUCGUUGCCAAUACGUAUGCACAAUUGAUUGGGGGUCGUUUUAUCGCAGGCAUAUGUUGCGGUAGCUCCGUAGUGGUUACAUCCCUUUUCAUCAAUGAAAUCUCUCCCAAAGAGCUGCGUGGCUCUAUGGGGUCUAUGAACCAGGUAUGCAUCAAUUUUGGAAUCCUGCUGACCCAACUGCUUGCGCUUUAUUUGGCAGAUUCGUUCCGCUGGAGAUGGCUGAUGUUCGCCGGAGCACUGCUUGCGCUAACAAACUUAUUACUGCUUCUAAAAGUGGACGAAUCCCCGGUCUGGUUGGCAUCUCAGGGUGACGUGGAUGGGGCAGAAAGCGUUUUACACAGCUUGCGUGGUGGAGACCUACAUCACACCCGCGACGAGGUCGAAGAAUGGCUCACAGCUCGUGGUAGUUCUAGAGGCGGUGCGGGUGGAAGUUACAGCUCAAACCCGAGAAAUGUCAGCCCCUCACCAAGAGCCGCUUCACAACAGUCGUCGCUUCGAUCAUCGCAAGACACACACGACGGGUUAUCGAUAACGCAGUAUCUCACCGAUCCUCGCUACACCAAAUCGCGGUGGGCUAUCACCGCGAUCUUGGUGAGCCAGCAGUUUUGUGGGAUCAAUUCCAUAAUAUUCUAUGGUGUGAAGGUGAUCAGUGGGCAAUUACCGCAGUAUGCGCUCGCGGUGAAUUUUGCGAUAUCCAUCGUUAACCUGGUGGCCACGUUUGGUGCUUCUUUACUCGUGGAUCAUUGGGGACGCAAGCCGUUGUUGAUUUUCUCGGCAGGUGCAAUGUCGGCUGCCACGGCGUUUGUUUCUGCUGGAAUACUCACUGACAGCGCUGGCGUUCUGGUGACAUCCACGAUUAUCUACGUGUGUGUUUUCGCACUUGGAGUGGGUCCCAUCCCGUUUCUGGUUAUUUCCGAGCUCUCACCGCCGGAAGCAAGAGGCAUUGCCCAAAGCUACGGAACCACUUGCAACUGGCUUGCCACGUUUGUUGUUGGGUACGGAUUCCCGUUUCUUCACCAAUGGCUGGGUGGUUACGUCUUCCUAAUUUUCACCGUUUAUGCUGCUGGAUUCACAGCCUACGUGAAGUUCAAGAUUCCAGAAACCAAGGGAAUGCAUGAAGCAGAGCUUCGGUGGAGACAAUAG